GUCAGUAUCAUCAUAGUAUAAUUUCUGACGUGGGGAACUUUCUGGGAAAAUUUCGUAACUUGCUGCAGAUAUUAAGACCAACAUAAAUAUAAGUGCAUCUCAGUAGUCUUCAAGAAUGAAUUAAACUCACCAUCCCCAAUUUCUAUUUCCUGCAACAUUAUUUCAAGAUCAUGGAUUGUUCCAAAAAACUUGGAACUGCUGUCUUAACAGAGUUCCUUAGCAUUGCAGCCAUUGUUCUUUGUGUCCAUGCCGCAUUUUCCGAUGCUGCUUGCCAUGAAAACGAGAAGCAAGCUCUUCUGGCGUUCAAGCAAGACCUGACAGACCCUUCAAAUCGGCUUGCCUCUUGGACUGCGGGUCGGGAUUGCUGCAACUGGACCGGAGUUGUCUGCCACAACAGAACCGGCCAUGUACUGAAGCUCCAUCUCGGGAAUCUCCAUGAUCCCAACGAAGAUCUCGUCUUCCCUGGAAAGUUAUUCGGAAGGACAAGAAUUGGUGGAAAAAUGAAUCCCUCUUUGCUGGGUCUGAAGCAUCUCCGCUACCUGGAUUUAAGUGGGAGUGAUUUUGGAGGAGUACAGAUUCCCAAAUUCCUAGGUUCUUUACAGAGUCUUAGGUAUCUGAAUCUCUCUAUUUCUGGAUUUGGAGGACUAAUUCCUCCUGAACUUGGAAACCUGACGAAUCUCAGGUACCUCGUUCUCGAAGGUUUUUUCCCAUAUUUGUUCUCAGACAAUCUUCAAUGGCUCUUCAACCUUCAACACCUACAACACCUGGAUUUGAGUGACAUAGAUCUUAGCAAAGCCUCAGAUUGGUUACAGGUAACUAAUCAACUCCCUUCUUUGGUAACGUUGCGGCUAUCUUAUUGUCAACUUGGUCAUAUACCUCCGUUACCGAAUGUCAAUUUUUCCUCUCUGGAAAUCAUUGAUCUUUCCUCAAAUGGAUUAAGCAACCCUUUUGUUCCUCCUUGGAUUUUCGAUCUUGAUUCCCUGGUUUCUCUUGAUCUCAGUCACAAUGCUUUCCAAGGCCAAAUCCCAGAUAGUCUUAAAAACCUGAGUACGAGGCUUACAUGUCUUAACUUAGCAUCAAACUCAUUCUAUUCAUCCAUACCGGAUUGGCUGUACAGUUUCAGCCAUCUUGAGCUCCUCAACUUGGCCUACAAUUCCUUAGAAGGCACUAUCUCAGAUGCCAUUGUGAAUUUGACUUCACUUGGGAGCCUUAACGUCGCAUACAAUUCACUUCAAGGGCCAUUGCCAAGUUCCCUGAAAAGUCUUUGCAACUUGAAAAAAUUGUACCUCUCAGGUGUCAAUUUGAGGCAGGACCUGUCCAAAGUCUUACAAGCUCUGUCUGGAUGCUUCUCUGGUGGACUUGAACAUUUGUUCUUGGAUGAUUGCCAACUUUUUGGUCACAUGGCAGAUCGACUUGGUCAUUUUCAGAACCUAACCAAACUGUCCCUGUCUAAAAAUUCGAUCUAUGGUCUGGUCACAAAGUCCUUGGCAUCACUUAAGUCAUUGAGAUUACUCGACCUGUCAAAAAAUCUACUUAAUGGGACAUUUCCUGAUUGGUUUGGAAAGCUUCCGGAACUGCAACAGUUAUGGAUUCAUAGCAAUUCAUUACAUGGUGUUGUUUCUGAGGCACAUUUCACUAAUGUCACAAAAUUGAGGGUUUUCGUGGGCUCCAGAAACCGUUUGAUCUUGAAUGUAAGUUCAAAUUGGGUGCCACCAUUUCGACUUGGGGUCAUAGAUUUGUCAUCAUGGAACUUCGGGCCGAGUUUUCCCUCUUGGCUUCGUUUCCAGAAAGACUUUGUCUAUUUGGACGUAUCUCUUGGAGGGAUUUCUGAUACAAUUCCGAAUUGGUUUUGGAAUCUAUCUACUCAGUUCUUUAAUCUGAACAUGUCUCACAACCAAAUUCAGGGGAAAGUUCCAGAAGUUUUUGAUAUUUCGCCUCCUCUUGUUGGCGAUUCUGCAUCCAUUGAUCUUAGCUCCAAUCUCUUCGAAGGUUCGUUACCCUGUUUGUCCUCAAAGGUUGCAACUCUAGAUCUAUCCAACAAUUCAUUUUCCGGAGAGAUUUCCCACUUCUUGUGUUACAGAAUGAACGAACCAAAGAGCCUGCGAAAUCUUCGUCUUUCAGAUAAUCACCUUUCCGGUGAAAUCCCUGAUUGUUGGAUGAAUUGGCCCUCCUUACUUUCCAUUGACUUGAAAAACAAUUACUUGACUGGAAAUCUUCCGGGCUCAAUUGGGUCUUUAACUCUUCUUCAAUCCCUUCAUCUUCGAAGGAACAACCUUUCUGGAGUUCUACCGGAUUCAAUGCAGAACUGUACAGCACUCCUCGCUCUUGACCUCAGUGGGAAUUCUUUCACCGGAAACAUUCCUUCUUGGAUUGGUGAAACCCUGUCCAAUAUCAUAAUCACCAGCCUUGGUUCUAACAAUUUCCGAGGUCAGAUUCCUGAAACACUUUGUUUACUUUCUUACCUUACAAUUCUAGACCUUGGACACAACAGUGUGUCCGGAAAUAUACCCAAAUGUUUCAUGAAUUUCAGUGCAAUGUCCAUAAAACGAAACUCGAGCGUCCCAAUUUCUUAUUCCUUCGGACACUACGGCCAAUCUUUGGAAAUAACAUUAUUAAUGAUCAAGGGAAUUCUGCUUGAAUACAGCACCACUCUGCGUCUUGUUACAAGCAUAGACCUCUCUGAUAACAAUUUAUCUGGUAUAAUCCCUGAGGAAAUCACUAGUCUUGUGGGGUUGUUUUCCUUGAAUUUGUCGACGAAUCACUUGACUGGACAUAUUCCAGGGACAAUAGGCCAAAUGGGGUCAUUGGAAUCUCUUGAUCUCUCUUACAACCAGCUUUCCGGCGAAAUUCCUCUGAGCAUGUCUUACUUGACAUUCUUGAGUGUUUUGGACUUGGCUUACAAUAAUUUGACAGGGAAAAUUCCAUCAGGCACUCAGCUUCAGAGCUUUAGCGCGUCAAACUUUGCGGGAAACAGUCUUUGUGGGCCUCCGGUGACGGCAAACUGCAGCACGAAUGGUGCAACGCCCGGUGGUGGGGAUGAUGGGGGAGAUGGUGAUGGAGGGGAAGUGGAUUGGUUGUGGUUUUCUGUGAGUAUGGGUCUGGGAUUUGUUGUGGGAUUUUGGGGCUUUAUGGGUCCUCUCCUCUUUGUUAAGUCCUGGAGAUGGGCUUAUUAUGGUAUGCUAGACGACCUUUGGUAUAGAAUAUAUUACUCCUGCUUAAGCUAAUAAUUGAGGGUUGUAUAUGUUCUGUCCUCUGUUCGUGUUUGAGAGCUUCGAGUCUGCGCAGUAGAUUCGGGCCUCUCGGCUUUUGUGGUUUUGGGUUCUGCGCAGUUUCUGUUUGGGCUGUUGGUAAUAGUACCGCUUUUGUAGAUAUUAUAAACAAAGUCUACGCCC